AUGCCAUCCGCAACGCCCCCAUCACCCUCCCCCCCUCCCCCCUUGCCCCAACAAUCAACCCCCGGCCCCCGCGCAACAGCCUUCACAACCCUCUACCUCUCCGCCCUCGACAGCACAUUGAAAUCAACAACCUACACCUCCUUCUCCGCCUGCUUCCCAACCGUCAGCGCGCGCGCCGAGGCUGCUCUGCGCGGCAUGCACGCGGGCAUGCUGGAGCGGCUGCGCGGGUUUGCCGUUGAGGAUUUCGAGAGGAUAAUGGAGGAGAGGAGGGUUGUGGAACGGGUGAACGGGUUGGAGGAUGUUAUUACCGAAGCGAGGAAGAGGAGGGCUGCGGGGGUUGAUGGGGGAUGGGCUGAUAAGAGAGAUAGACCACAUACACUACCACCGAAACCGUUGAUGGAGAGCCACACGCUGCCGUUGCAUAGGGCGCAGAACGGACAGUUGAAUGCGAGGCUGCAGACGGUGCAGAGCCAGAACGCGAUGUUAGGGGCGGAGAUCCGGGCGCAGAGGGAGGAGAUUGAGGAGCUGCUGAAAAAAGUUGAGGGCGGGGUGGGGGAUGUUGAGAUGGCGGGAGUUAGGCUUGGAGAGAGGGUUGGGGGGUUGAGUGGGGAGGGGAGGACGGCGAGUGAGGUUUUGAGUGGGUGGGAGAGGUGA